AUGUGUGGUAUUUUCGCCUACCUGAAUUACAGAGUCCCACGGACACGGAAGGAGAUAUUAACAACUCUACUGAAAGGGCUACAAAGGCUAGAGUACAGGGGUUAUGACUCUGCAGGUGUUGCAGUGGAUGGCUCUGGGAAAACUGACAAUGGCGACAUCUGCCUUUUUAAGAAAAAGGGAAAGGUGAAGGCCCUUGACGAAGAAAUCUACAAGAACGACGCUGUUGACCUGGACGCUGAGCUGGACACACACUUUGGCAUUGCACAUACCCGCUGGGCGACACAUGGAGAACCAAGUGCUGUCAACAGCCACCCACAACGCUCUGAUAAGAACAAUGAAUUUGUUGUGAUCCACAAUGGAAUCAUCACCAAUUACAAAGAGCUCAAGAAAUAUCUGAAUUCCAAAGGCUACGAGUUUGAGUCGGAUACAGACACAGAGGUCAUUCCCAAGCUGAUCAAAUAUCUUUACGACAAUCGCGAGAACGACAACGUGUCCCUCUCCACCCUGGUGGAGCGCGUCAUUCAACAGCUGGAGGGUGCUUUUGCUCUGGUUUUCAAAAGUGUCCACUUCCCAGGGGAAGCUGUUGCCACCAGGAGAGGAAGUCCUCUGCUGAUCGGUGUGAGGAGCCAGUAUGAGCUGUCUAGAGAAGAGAUUCCGAUCCAAUAUAAAUGUAGUGAGCGCAGGGGGGAUCUUGAGGAGAAGAACCUUAGAAACAGAUCAGACAGCACUACAGCUCUGCACUCUGUCCAUGACCGCAAGGCUAUGGAGUUUUACUUUGCUUCUGACGCCAGUGCUAUCAUUGAGCACACCAAUAAGGUGAUCUACCUGGAGGAUGAUGAUAUUGCCGCAGUGGCUGGUGGGAAGCUGUCCCUGCAUCGCAUGACUCGCAGUGCAGGGGAAGAUUCUGUGCGUGUCAUCCAGACUCUACAAAUGGAGCUGCAACAGAUCAUGAAAGGCAAUUUCAAGGCAUUCAUGCAAAAAGAGAUCUUUGAGCAACCUGAAUCUGUCGUCAACACCAUGAGAGGAAGAAUCUGCUUUGAAACCAAUGCAGUGGUCCUUGGUGGGUUGAAGGACCAUCUGAAGGAGAUCAAGCGAUGCCGACGCCUCAUCAUAAUUGGCUGUGGGACCAGUUUUCAUGCAGGAUUGGCGACUCGGCAGAUCCUGGAGGAGCUUACAGAGCUUCCUGUCAUGGUGGAGCUGGCUAGUGAUUUCUUGGAUCGCAUCACCCCUGUCUUCAGAGACGACGUCUGUUUUUUCAUCAGCCAAUCGGGAGAGACAGCUGACUCACUGAUGGCACUGCGCUAUUGUAAGGAUCGUGGGGCACUGACUGUUGGUGUCACCAACACCGUCGGCAGCUCCAUCUCGCGGGAGACAGACUGCGGAGUUCAUAUCAAUGCCGGGCCUGAGAUUGGCGUCGCCAGCACAAAGGCCUACACCAGUCAGUUUGUGGCUCUGGUCAUGUUUGGGUUAAUGAUGAGUGAGGACAGGCUGUCUCUGCAGAAGAGACGGCUGGAGAUAAUCGGUGGCCUCCGUGUGCUCCCAGAGCUGAUCAAAGAAGUUCUGGCACUCGAUGAUAAAAUCAAGUUUAUAGCUGACGAGUUGUACCAACAAAAGUCCCUGCUGGUCAUGGGUCGUGGUUACAACUACGCCACCUGUCUGGAGGGGGCACUGAAAAUCAAAGAGAUCACGUACAUGCACUCUGAAGGCAUUCUGGCUGGAGAGCUGAAACAUGGGCCCCUGGCUCUCAUAGACCAUCACAUGCCAGUCAUCAUGAUCAUAAUGAGAGAUGCCUGCUACACCAAGUGUCAAAACGCCCUGCAACAAGUCACAGCAAGACAGGGUCGGCCCAUCAUCCUGUGUUGCCAGGAUGAUACAGAGAUCACUCAGAAUGCCUAUAAGAGCAUCGAGCUGCCCCACACCGUGGACUGCCUGCAGGGCAUCCUCAGUGUUAUUCCUCUACAGCUCAUGUCCUUCCACCUGGCUGUACUCAGAGGAUACGACGUGGACUGUCCCAGGAACCUGGCCAAGUCAGUGACAGUGGAAUAA